GCAGCCCGCGCCCCGGAUCCUCGCAGCAGCGCGCGCCGCCCCCGGGCCGGGACCGGACGAAGAGCAGCGGUUCUCCGAGAGGCGCCCACUCGCGCGGAGCCCGGGAGGAAGGACAGCGCGCGCGGUCCCCCGCGCCCCGCCGGCCCCCGCGCCCCGGCCCCCACGGCCCGCGGCAUGGCCCCGGGCUCGGCGCUGGCGCCGCUGUGCGCCCCGGCCGUCUGGGUGGCCGCCGCGCUCCUGUUCUGCGCGCCCCGGACCGCAGGGGACCCGGAGGCUCCCGACCCGAGCGACGCUUUGGGACAACUGGACGGACCGGACGGCCCCCUCCCAACUCUGAAAGGCUACUUUCUGAACUUCCUGGAGCCGGUGAACAACAUCACCAUCGUCCAAGGCCAGACGGCCAUUCUGCACUGCAAGGUGGCCGGGAACCCCACCCCCACGGUGCGGUGGCUGAAGAACGACGCGCCCGUGGUGCAGGAGCCCCGGCGCGUCAUCGUCCGCAAGACGGAGUACGGCUCCCGGCUGCGGAUCCAGGACCUGGACACGACGGACACGGGCUACUACCAGUGCGUGGCCAGCAACGGCGUGAAGACCGUCACCGCCACAGGCGUGCUGUUCGUGCGGCUGGGUCCAACACACAGCCCAAAUCACCACUUCCAAGACGACUACCACGAGGACGGCUUCUGCCAGCCAUACCGGGGCAUUGCGUGCGCACGCUUCAUCGGGAACCGGACCAUCUACGUGGACUCCCUCCAGAUGCAGGGGGAGAUUGAAAACCGCAUCACAGCGGCCUUCACCAUGAUCGGCACGUCCACGCAGCUGUCCGACCGGUGCUCGCAGUUCGCCAUCCCGUCCUUCUGCCACUUCGUGUUCCCGCUGUGCGACGCGCGCUCCGGGGCGCCCAAGCCGCGCCAGCUGUGCCGGGACGAGUGCGAGGUGCUGGAGAGCGACCUGUGCCGCCAGGAGUUCCGCAUCGCGCGCUCCAACCCGCUCAUCCUCAUGCGGCUGCAGCUGCCCAAGUGCGAGGCGCUGCCCCUGCCCGACAGCCCGGACGCCGAGAACUGCAUGCGCAUCGGCAUCCCCGCGGAGAGGCUGGGCCGCUACCAUCAGUGCUACAACGGCUCGGGCACGGACUACAGAGGCACGGCCAGCACCACCAAGUCGGGCCACCGGUGCCAGCCCUGGGCCCUGCAGCUCCCCCACAGCCACGAGCUGAGCAGCGCAGACUUCCCCGAGCUCGGAGGGGGGCACGCCUACUGCCGCAACCCCGGAGGGCAGAUGGAGGGCCCCUGGUGCUUCACGCAGAAUAAAAACGUACGCAUGGAACUGUGUGACGUUCCCUCUUGUAGUCCCCAGGACGGCAGCAGGAUGGGGAUUCUGUACAUCCUGGUCCCGAGCAUCGCCAUUCCCUUGGUCAUCGCGUGCCUCUUCUUCCUGGUCUGCGUGUGCCGGAAUAAGCAGAAGGCUUCUGCGUCUACACCGCAGCGGCGGCAGCUGAUGGCCUCGCCCAGCCAGGACGUGGAGAUGCCUCUCAUCACCCAGCACAAGCAGGCCAAGCUCAAGGAGAUCAGCUUGUCGUCGGUGAGGUUCAUGGAGGAGCUCGGGGAGGACCGGUUCGGGAAGGUCUACAAGGGCCACCUGUUCGGCCCGGCCCCGGGGGAGCAGAGCCAGGCCGUGGCCAUCAAGACGCUGAAGGACAAGGCGGACGGCCCGCUGCGGGCGGAGUUCCGGCACGAGACCCUGCUGCGGGCGCGGCUCCAGCACGCCAACAUCGUCUGCCUGCUGGGGGUGGUGACCAAGGACCAGCCCCUCAGCAUGGUGUUCAGCUACUGCCCGCACGGGGACCUGCACGAGUUCCUGGUCAUGCGCUCGCCGCACUCGGACCUGGGCAGCACGGACGACGACCGCACGGUGAGGUCCGCCCUGGAGCCCCCCGACUUCGUGCACGUCGUGGCGCAGGUGGCCUCGGGCAUGGAGUACCUGUCCAGCCACCACGUGGUGCACAAGGACCUGGCCACCCGCAACGUCCUCGUGUACGACAAGCUGAGCGUGAAGGUCUCGGACCUGGGGCUGUUCCGCGAGGUGUACUCGGCCGACUACUGCCGGCUGGCCGGGGGCGCGCUGCUGCCCGUGCGCUGGAUGUCCCCCGAGGCCCUCGCGCACGGCAAGUUCUCCGUGGACUCGGACAUCUGGUCCUACGGCGUGCUGCUGUGGGAGGUCUUCAGCUACGGCCUGCAGCCCUACUGCGGCCGCUCCAACCAGGACGUGGUGGACAUGGUGCGCGGCCGGCAGGUGCUGCCCCGCCCCGACGACUGCCCGGCCUGGGUGUACGCCCUGAUGGUCGAGUGCUGGGACGAGACGCCCGGCCGGCGGCCCCGCUUCAAGGACAUCCACAGCAGGCUCCGCGCCUGGGGCAGCCUGUCCGCCUACAGCAGCUCGGCACAGACCUCGGGGGCCAGCAACGCCACGCAGACCAGCUCCCUGAGCACCAGCCCCGUCAGCAACGUCAGCAACGCCCGCUACGGGGGCCCCAAGCAGAAGGCCCAGGCCUUCCCGCAGCCGCCCUUCAUGCCCAUGAAAGGCCAGAUCAGGCCCAUGGUGCCCCCUCCCCAGCUCUACAUCCCCGUCAACGGGUACCAGCCGGUGCCGGCCUACGGGGCCUACCUGCCCAACUUCUACCCCGUCCAGAUCCCCGUGCCCAUGGCGCCGCCGCAUGUGCCCGCCCCGGUGGCCCCGAAGCCCGGCUCCCACCACAGCGGCAGCGGCUCCACCAGCACGGGCUACGUGACCACGGCGCCCUCCAACACCUCCAUGGCGGACAGGGCGGCCCUGCUCACGGAGGCCGCGGAGGACACGCCGAAUGUCCCCGGAGAUGCGGCCCAGACCCCCGGGCAGGAAGCGGAGGAGGAGGAGGAGGACCCCUCCGUCCCCGAGACCGAGCUGCUGGGGGACAAUGACACUCUGCAGGUGGACGAGGCCGAGGUCCCCCCGGGCAGCCUGAGGGGCACGGGGCCACCGGGCACCCCGGGGGAGGCUUGAGGCCCAGGCGCGGGGUCGGGGGCGCCGGUUUGCCAUCUCCCGGCGCGACCUCUGCUCCCCCGCCCGUGUCCUCCUGUGCGCAGAGCGGCUGCUCCCGCCCCCGGCGGCCAGAGGGUCUUUGAGCUGGGCACGCCUGACGGAGCGGGGUGGUGGCCCGGCGGGACACACGGUGACACGUUCGCGGCCGGCAGCCCCUGAGGCCAGCAUGCGGGAAGUAGCCGCCGUCGUCCCUCCCCCGUGCGUGUGCACUGGAGGUGGUGCCCCUGUGGGCUUCCGGGCGGCUGGCCUGUUCCUCCUGCCGCCCCCGCCGGGGACUGUCUCCCACCACCGUCGCCGCCCAGGACUGGUGGGAAUGGGCAGCUGCCGCCCGCCAGGGUCCCAAGAGUACGGGGUUCCGGGGCGGGGGCUCUCUGUGCCUCUAUGAAAAUGUGCCUUAAAAAGAAAAAAGCCAGUGCAGUUUUGUAUUUUGGGGAAACGAUUGUGAUUAUCCUGCAUGUGUAUCUGGCCCCUUCUCUGGAGUCGGGGGGAGGCAUGCUUGGGUUUGGAGUGUUAGGGGCACCGUUGUCCACGGGGAUUCUGUUCUGCAGACUCGUGUACAGACCUGAAGUGUGAUUUAUAUGGCUGCGUCCGCCGUUUUCGCUGACGUACUGUGAGCUCAGUGAUCUACGUGCCGACCUGACCCACUCUGGGACGCCUCCCGACUGCAUUUUGUCUGCCUGUGUUCGUCCCCGAGGCAGGCGAGGUCCGUGCGCUUCAGGCGGGAGAGAAGGCUCCCAGGCCACACACCGUACGCCCCUCUUGUAACCCCCACACUUGGUGUGUCCAAUAAAGUGAAGCACGAGCAGCCGA